AUGGCUGUGCCUGGUCGACGUUCCAAAGUGGAGAUUCUCAUUCAAGUCGAUUUGCAUCGAAAAUCUCCCCCACGCAGCAUCGCCGACACGAUGGCGCCGAGGAAGAAGAAUCCGGCCAUCAAGUCGAGCGGCACCACCUCCUCAAAGGCGUCGCCGCUGCCCGACUGGGUCAAAGGUGGAGGUCCCAAACCGCCUCCCUCCUACACCAAGGCCGCCAAACAGCAGCAGCAAUCACAACCGUCGGCCAACGAUGCGGCAUCGUCGACAACAGCAUCCUCCUCAUCCUCGGCAGCAGGACCGGGACAGACGCAGCAGAGAGAGAUGCUCUUCCCGCCAGGCAGCAAGACACCGCUCAACAUGCUCUACGAACGAGUCAACAAGUUGCCCGGAUGGGAGAAACCGCUCGUCGAGCCACGCAGGCAUAAGGAAGGCUACAGCUGCGCCGUCACCAUCAGAAAAGUCAACAAGAAGGAUGCCUCCAAUCCCUUCACCGUCACGUUCGAGCCCAAAGAACCAGGACUGCGGCUCGAGUGCCAGUCCAGCUUGGAGGCAAAACACUGGGGCGCAACCUACGCGCUCUUCCGCAUCUUCAACCAUCUAUCGCUCAAUCUCGCGCUUCCCCCGGGUCCGAGAGAGUACUGGGUCAAGAUGGAGGCGUACAAGAAGGAAGCACCCAGCCAUCAGGAUUGGAUGUGGGAGCAAGACCCCUUCGAAGCAGCCGCAAAGAGGGAGGCAGACAAAGCUAAAAAGGAACACGACAGGCAAGCAGCUGCCGACGCAGCCAGCAGAGGGGAAGUGGGCAUCGUCAAUGGCAAGCUCAACGGCGCAGGCAAACCGCUCAGCAAGGCGUGGCAGGAAGCAAGAGAGGUCCGGCUCGCCAGCUCGUUGCGCGAAAAGAUCGAGGCCACCAUCCGCAGAGCGAUGAGCAUCUUUCCCUCCGCCAGCACCGCUCCGCUCGAUCUGAUCGAAGAAGACCAGGACCCAACCGCUGUAGCCCAAGGCUCGACACCCAAGAUCGACGCCGCCGGGCUGGAAAAGGAGCUCACCUCGUAUGGCUUUCGACGCGGACAUUCGCGCAGCGCCAUCUCGUGGCUCACCUCGGCCCGCGCUGCGCUAACCAACCCAUCGAGCGCCUCGACAGCAGCCGCGCUCGUCGAUCCCAUGCUCGCCUCGGCCGCAUCGCUGUCGGAUCGAGAGGCUGCGUUAGAAUACCUCAUGCUAUAUACCCCGGAAGAAGACCUGCCCGCCAGAUUCAAGCCCACCACCUCGUCCGAGAGCUUCGUCACUGCCUCGAAAGCAGGCGCGGGUGGAGAUGCCCUAGCAGUCGGUUGGGCAGUGGACAAGCUCUCCAAGCAGGCCGGAUUCCCCAAAAAGGCGGUUCAGGCCGUCUUCAAACGCAUCGCUGCCGCCGAGCGUGCGCAGAACGUCGAGCUGCAAAGGGCAACCAAAGAAGGUCUGGCGUUGGACAUGCUGCUGCGACAGAUGGUCGGAUGGGAUUCGCCAACGCAAAAGCAAGAACAGUGGACCUCAGACGCCAUCCUCGACGCCGUCUUGGCCUUCCCAGCUGAGAUCGACGACCUAGACAAAGACGAGAUGGAAUCCAAACGAGCCGACGAACGCAUGGCCGUCGAAGCAGUGCUCGGUGACGAUCGAGUAGCCAUCCCUUCCGAGCACGAGCGGUUCGGGACGCAAGACUACGACAUCAUCAUCGCCGGACCAGGUACGUCUGCAGGCGGCAACGAAGACGUCCGACUACGCAUCUCAUCACAUCCUCAAUCCCUGUACCCGCUCUCGAGCGAAAAGGCGCAAGCGUUCGCCGUGCCUGCGUUCUGCGUCGUCUCCAAGACGCUGCCAUCGUACCUCAAGCUGGCGCUCACACAGCAUCUGAUGCGUGCUUUCCAGGGCGACAACAAGAGGCCCGAUUGGUAUGACGCCAUCGAGGCGGGUGAUGGCGGUAUUCUGUUGAGUGUUGUCGAGGAGCUCGAGGGCAUGUGGAGCAACGUCGUCGACGAUCCGCCUCUGCUCAACAGUGUGAUGCAAUACCUGGUCGUUCCAGACCCGAUCGACUCCAGCGUCGAGGCGACACCAGAGACGUCUCGCGCUGCCACGCCCACCGGUCGAAACAACGCAGCGAGCAAGCGCCGAGGCGGAGCAAGCAGAGCAUUGCGACUCGAUGCGGCGGUCGAUGCACAGCUGCAACGUCAACAGAAGCAGCUGCACACCUUGCCGAGCUUUGCCAAAAUGGAUGCGACGCGCAGAUCGCUGCCCGCCGCUUCUGCUGCCACAGAGAUUCUAGAGCUGAUCCGCACGAACCGCGUGGUCAUUAUCGCCGGCGAAACGGGAUGUGGAAAGACGACCCAGGUGCCGCAAUUCAUUCUGGACGAGGCGAUCAAAGCAGGCAGCGGCAGCGAGUGCAACAUCGUCGUCACGCAGCCUCGACGUGUCAGCGCCAUCGGUGUUGCGUCCCGGGUCGCCGUAGAGCGCGGCGAAGAGCUGGACGGCAAGAAGAAGCCGGUUGCACCUGGAAGUCUCGUUGGUUACGCUAUUCGCGGCGAACGCAGAGCUUCUCGAGAAUGUAGGCUGCUCUUCACAACCACCGGAGUGCUGCUUCGACGACUGGGAGCGGGCGGCGACACCGACCUGAAAGGUAUCUCGCACGUCGUGGUGGACGAAGUGCACGAGCGCAACGUCGACUCGGACUUUUUGCUUCUCGAGCUGCGCGAGCUGCUCAAGCGCAACACCAACAUCAAGGUGGUGCUCAUGAGCGCCACCAUCAACCAAGAGACGUUUGCGAGCUACUUCGGGAGAGCGCCGUGCAUCUCGAUCCCCGGGCGCACGUUUGCGGUUCAGGACUACUACCUCGAAGAUAUCGUGCGCGAGAGCGGAUUCCGACCUUCCGGCAACGAAUGGCGCGGCGGACAACGCGGUGGAAAGCAGAUCGAGGAAGAGAUGGGACAGCUGCGCUCCCAUCUGCAGUCGCAGGGUGUGGAUGAAGAGACGGCAAAGACGGUGGAGAGCAUCUCACGAUCCGGAGGUCGUAUCAGCUACGAGCUGAUCGGAGGUGUCGUGCGGUAUGUAGUGGAGAGGGCGGAGAACGAAGAGUUGAGCGGAGAGGCGGACAGCAACGUCGGUGGAGCCAUCCUGGUCUUCUGUCCCGGUGUGGGGGAGAUCCGACAAGCCAUCGACGCAAUCUCGGCAUCGCUACGAGGACAGAGCAAGGUCGAGAUCCUUCCGCUGCACGCCAAUCUUUCCCCGGACGAGCAGCGUCGCGUCUUCCAGCCUGUGGCAGCAGGCCGUCGCAAGAUCGUCGUGUCGACCAACGUCGCCGAGACAUCCAUCACGAUCCCGGACGUCUCGUACGUCGUCGACACGGGCCGGGUCAAGGAGACGCGCUUCGAGCCAGAGAGCGGAUUGACGCGGUUGGUCGAGUGCUGGGCCUCGCGGGCAGCGUGCAAGCAGCGACGCGGACGUGCUGGUCGUGUCCGCUCCGGCGAAUGUUUCCGGCUGUACUCGCGGUUCGUGGACGAAAAGAAGAUGGCGGCGCAGCAGACGCCCGAGAUGCGACGCGUGCCGCUCGAGUCGCUUUUCCUGGAAGUCAAGUCGAUGCGCGAGGACGAAGACGUCAAGGAGUAUCUCAACAAGGCGCUCGAUCCGCCAAGCUUGGCAUCCAUGGACGCAGCGUUGAGCAACCUCAUCGAGGCAGGAGCACUGCAGUCCGAUCAAGGAUACAAGAGUCGACUCACGUCGUUGGGCAAGCAUUUGGCGCAACUGCCCCUCGAUCUCCGACUGGCCAAGCUGUUGAUCAUGGGUACCAUCUUUGGAUGCCUGGGGCCGAUGCUGACGGUGGCGAGCAUCAUGUCGUGCAAACCGCUGUUCAGCGCACCCUUCGAAAAGCGCGAAGAGGCGAGCAAGGCUCGAGCGACGUUUGCGGCUGCUGGAUGCAGGAGCGACCUGCUCGCCGAUGCCGCGGCGUUCGAGCAGUGGCAGACGAUGCGAGCCGAACGAAAGUCCAACGGUCAGAUACGAGAUUGGUGCGAGAGCAACUUUAUCUCGCAGUCGACGCUGAGGGAUAUCCAGACGAACCGGCUGGAUCUGCUGUCGCAUCUGCAGGAGAUGGGCUUCGUAGCACCCAGCUACAGUCCCUUUGGCGUGUACGACGACGAGGUGUACGACAAGAACGCGCAGCACGCGGGUGUACUGCGAUCGGUGAUCAUGGCAGGGCUGUGGCCCGCCGUGGUGCGCAUCGAUCUGCCAUUGGCCAAGUUUGAUCAGUCGUCGAGCGGUACCGUGCAGCGCGAAGCCGAGGCACGUCAAGUCAAGUACUUUGAUCGCAACGGUCGUGUCUUCCUGCAUCCGUCAUCGACGCUGUUCAGCUGCAAAGGGUUCGAGUCGUCGUACCUCACCACGUUCGCCAAAGGCUCGACGGGCGCAGGGCCGGAGUCGAAAGUGUACCUGCGAGAUGCCACCGAGGUGCCGCUGUUCGGACUGCUGCUGUUUGGCGGGAAGCUCAAGAUCAACCACUUUGCAGGAGGGAUCGGCAUCGGAUCGAAUCAGAGCAACGCCGGUGGCAAGGACGAGAAUUGGGUUCGACUGCGCGCCAAUGCUCGUAUCGGAGUGCUGUGCGCUCAAUUGAGGAGGUUGCUGGAUGCGGUUCUGGAUCAGGCGAUCGACGAACCGCAGGAUAUGUUUGCUGCCCCGGGUUGCAAGGAGGUGCUCUCGAUCAUCAGCCAGGUGCUCCAACGCGACGGUCUAGCCGACUGA